AUGCUGUUUUUGUUUCAAUUUCUGCCACUAAACCUUCAAGAAUCCGUGCUUAAGCAAGUCCGCAUUCACGAGGCUCUGAAAUUAUUGUCGCUGACAAGAGAUCUUCGUUUGUAUUUCCUAAAGAAUAGACCAUUUCCACAAAAGUUGGAUGCUUUAGAGAUCACAUUUGAUGACGGGAAUGUGAGUGGUUAUUCUCAAUCAAUUCAAAUGAUCUUUACUCAAGAGGAGCCCCACAGAGUGCCCAGUAGCUUUUGUCUAUCCAAUCAGGAAAAUCAAUUUGAAGCUGAAGACUUUCAAAUGGUGGGCGCCUAUGCUUGGCCGUUGAUGGCCACGAUAAAAAGCUGCAAAAGUUUGAGGGUUGUUUUCAAGAAUGACGGUCAAUAUCUACAAGUACCGCUCUUCCCGCCGGGUUUCUCCCAUCACCGAAUUUCGACCGCUCGCCCAAACCAGCCGAAUCACAUGCCACCACCGGGAAUUGAUCCGCUAAUGUUGGAAAUGCAGAUGUUCGGGAAUGCGAAUCACCCACCGUACCUCCAGAGUCGCGUCAUGCGGCAAACGCGAAACGCACCGCUGAUGAUGAUGAGAAACGCUCCGACGAUGAUGCGAGCUGUUGGACGCCAAUUGACCAAUAUGCCAAUUGGUCAAGCUCCAGCUGGGGUGAAUUUACAAUGUCCAACUAUUUACCAAGGACCACCAAGAAAACGUCAAAGAGCCACUAAUCCACCUAUGCAUUCAUUUUCGAUCUCGAAAUUUUUGCCUCAAAUUCCGAUGCUUCACUCUUUACACUUGAAAGUGAGAACCCUUGACCAAUUGCAACUCACAAUUGAAACUUUGAAUGCAAAAGUUUUCGGUCACUUUUCCACAGAUCCACCACCCUCGUGGCCAAUUCAUCGUUACUUAAAUGAGAAAAUUGAUCAACAAUUGGCCGAUUGCCGCUCGAUCUCGAUUUGUGGCCCAUUGGAGCUCUACUAUGAGAAACUCUCAAGGUCAACGAUCCAAAAGAUCAACUUGCACUCUUGUGAGUACUCGACUUUUCAGAUGACCGUUUUGAAAGUCCUCCAAAGCAAAAUCCCCAGUUUGUGUCCAACGGCACAAAUUGCAAUCACCGUUUGUGGGGCUCAGAUUGAUGAAUUUGAAGAAAUCGAUGAGAUGAUCGAUAGCCAGCUAGGGAUUUUGAAGAUAUCAAUUCAUUCAAGGGAAACACAAAAAUUUUUGAAAUCCUUGGAUUUAAGCGAGCCAAUCGCUCGGCUCCGUUGCUAUAAAAAGGAAAUGAAUUCGAAAAUUUGCUAUUUCUCGUUGAAACUCUCCCAUAAAGGCAUGUCCAAAUCGAGCCUCGAAUUUUCUGCUCUUUCU